GCGUCGCCUCGGAAAUCAGCGCCCAGCGCCGCGCGCUGAGCCCCUGCAGGUCGGCCGCAGCCCCAGCCUCGGCGAGGACGGCUCCGGCGCGCGGGGGGGCGGGGGGCGCGCGGGGUCGGCUUAUCAUGGCGGAUCGGACGGCGCCCCGCUGCCAGCUCCGGCUGGAGUGGGUGUACGGGUACCGGGGUCACCAGUGCCGCAACAACCUGUACUACACGGCCGGCAAGGAGGUGGUCUACUUUGUGGCUGGGGUCGGGGUGGUUUACAACACCCGCGAGCACAGCCAAAAAUUCUUCCUGGGACACAACGACGACAUUAUCAGCCUUGCCUUACACCCAGACAAAACUCUUGUUGCAACUGGCCAAGUCGGGAAGGAGCCAUAUAUAUGCAUAUGGGAUUCCUAUAAUGUCCAGACUGUGUCUAUUCUUAAAGAUGUCCAUACACAUGGAGUUGCCUGCCUGGCUUUUGACUCAGAUGGACAGCGUUUAGCCUCUGUGGGGUUGGAUGCCAAAAACACAGUCUGCAUUUGGGACUGGAGGAAGGGAAAACUUCUGGCCUCAGCCACUGGCCAUUCUGACCGGAUUUUUGAUAUUUCCUGGGAUCCAUAUCAGCCAAACAGAGUGGUUAGCUGUGGAGUAAAACAUAUAAAGUUUUGGACACUGUGUGGAAAUGCCCUGACUGCAAAAAGAGGGAUAUUUGGCAAAACGGGGGAUCUUCAGACCAUCCUUUGCCUUGCAUGUGCCAAAGAAGACAUCACCUACUCUGGUGCUUUAAAUGGUGACAUCUAUGUCUGGAAAGGGCUCAAUUUAGUCCGUACCAUUCAAGGAGCACAUAGUGCUGGAAUCUUUAGCAUGUAUGCUUGUGAAGAAGGCUUUGCCACUGGUGGGCGAGAUGGGUGUAUACGACUAUGGGACACUGAUUUCAAACCAAUAACCAAAAUUGAUCUCAGGGAGACAGAACAAGGAUAUAAAGGCCUCUCUAUCCGGAGCGUGUGCUGGAAAGCAGACCGCCUUCUAGCAGGGACCCAGGACAGUGAGAUAUUUGAAGUGAUUGUGCGAGAGCGAGACAAGCCGAUGUUGAUCCUGCAGGGCCACUGCGAGGGUGAGCUCUGGGCUCUGGCCCUGCACCCCAAGAAACCUCUGGCUGUGACAGGCAGCGAUGACCGCUCUGUCAGGCUGUGGAGCCUGGCCGAUCAUGCCUUGAUCGCCCGCUGUAACAUGGAGGAGGCGGUUCGCAGUGUAGCUUUCAGCCCCGACGGAUCUCAGCUGGCCCUGGGCAUGAAGGACGGCUCUUUCAUUGUUCUCCGAGUCAGAGAUAUGACAGAAGUAGUUCACAUCAAAGAUCGAAAAGAAGUCAUUCAUGAAAUGAAAUUUUCUCCAGAUGGUUCUUACCUUGCAGUGGGAUCCAAUGAUGGCCCAGUAGAUGUCUAUGCUGUUGCCCAGAGGUAUAAGAAAAUUGGAGAAUGCAGCAAGUCCCUUAGUUUCAUCACGCACAUUGACUGGUCCUUGGAUAGUAAAUACUUACAAACUAAUGAUGGUGCAGGAGAACGAUUGUUCUACAAAAUGCCAUCGGGGAAGUCUUUAACAAGUAAAGAAGAAAUUAAAGGAAUUCCUUGGGCUUCCUGGACAUGUGUGAAAGGCCCUGAAGUGAGUGGAAUUUGGCCCAAAUACACUGAGGUUACUGACAUCAACUCAGUGGAUGCGAAUUACAGCAGCUCAGUGUUGGUGUCUGGAGAUGAUUUUGGACUUGUUAAAUUGUUUAGAUUUCCUUGUCUCAAGAGAGGAGCCAAAUUUAGAAAGUAUGUGGGCCAUUCUGCACAUGUCACAAACGUCCGCUGGUCCCAUGACUUUCAGUGGGUGUUGAGCACAGGAGGGGCUGAUCACUCAGUUUUCCAGUGGAGGUUUAUUCCAGAAGGUGUCAGCAACGGCAUGCUGGAAACUGCACCCCAAGAAGGUGGAACUGAUUCCUACAGUGAAGAAUCUGAUUCAGAUUUAUCUGACGUGCCCGAAUUGGACUCUGAUAUUGAGCAAGAAACUCAAAUCAAUUAUGAUCGCCAGGUUUACAAAGAAGAUCUACCUCAGCUAAAGCAACAAAGUAAAGAGAAAAACCACGUAGUGCCCUUCCUCAAACGAGAAAAGGCUCCUGAGGACAGCUUGAAACUCCAGUUCAUACACGGUUAUAGAGGCUACGACUGUAGAAACAAUCUGUUCUACACACAAGCUGGAGAAGUAGUCUACCACAUUGCCGCAGUUGCUGUUGUGUAUAACCGGCAGCAGCACUCCCAGAGGCUGUACCUGGGGCACGACGACGACAUUCUCAGCCUGACCAUCCAUCCAGUGAAGGACUAUGUGGCUACUGGGCAGGUUGGAAGAGAUGCUGCUAUUCAUGUGUGGGACACACAAACUCUAAAAUGUCUGUCGCUAUUGAAAGGACAACAUCAGAGAGGAGUGUGUGCGCUUGAUUUUUCAGCCGAUGGAAAAUGUCUGGUGUCGGUUGGUUUAGACGAUUUUCACAGUAUUGUAUUUUGGGACUGGAAAAAGGGAGAAAAGAUAGCCACAACAAGAGGACAUAAAGAUAAGAUAUUUGUGGUAAAGUGUAACCCACACCAUGUUGACAAACUGGUUACAGUUGGGAUAAAGCACAUCAAGUUCUGGCAACAAGCAGGUGGGGGCUUCACUUCUAAAAGAGGAACUUUUGGAAGCAUUGGAAAAUUGGAAACAAUGAUGUGUGUUUCUUAUGGACGAAUGGAAGAUCUAGUGUUCUCAGGAGCAGCUACUGGAGAUAUUUUUAUUUGGAAAGACAUUCUACUACUGAAGACAGUGAAAGCUCAUGAUGGGCCUGUGUUUGCUAUGUAUGCAUUGGAUAAGGGCUUUGUAACGGGUGGAAAGGAUGGCAUCGUGGAGCUCUGGGAUGAUAUGUUUGAAAGAUGCUUGAAGACUUAUGCCAUUAAAAGAUCAGCAUUGUCAACUAGCUCAAAAGGCUUGCUUUUGGAAGAUAACCCUUCAAUUCGUGCCAUCACGUUGGGACAUGGACAUAUCCUGGUGGGAACAAAAAAUGGAGAGAUUCUGGAAAUUGAUAAGAGCGGCCCAAUGACACUACUUGUUCAGGGGCACAUGGAAGGAGAAGUGUGGGGGUUGGCAGCUCACCCUCUCCUGCCCAUCUGUGCAACAGUGAGCGAUGAUAAAACACUUCGCAUCUGGGAACUGUCUGCCCAGCACCGUAUGCUGGCAGUACGGAAACUCAAAAAAGGUGGAAGAUGCUGUGCCUUUUCCCCUGAUGGGAAAGCCUUAGCAGUUGGCUUGAAUGAUGGGAGUUUCCUGGUUGUAAAUGCUGACACUGUUGAAGACAUGGUCUCUUUCCAUCACAGAAAAGAAAUGAUCUCUGAUAUUAAGUUUUCAAAAGAUACGGGAAAAUACCUUGCCGUGGCAUCCCAUGAUAACUUUGUGGAUAUUUACAAUGUACUUACAAGCAAAAGGGUUGGCAUCUGUAAAGGUGCUUCGAGUUAUAUUACACACAUUGACUGGGACUCUAGAGGAAAAUUAUUGCAAGUUAAUUCAGGUGCCAAAGAACAACUUUUUUUUGAAGCUCCAAGAGGCAAACGGCAUAUAAUAAGACCUUCAGAGAUUGAGAAGAUACAGUGGGACACAUGGACCUGUGUCCUGGGGCCCACCUGUGAGGGAAUCUGGCCAGCACAUAGCGAUAUAACUGACGUAAAUGCUGCCAGUCUUACCAAAGACUGUUCCCUUUUAGCCACUGGAGAUGAUUUUGGUUUUGUUAAGCUUUUCUCAUAUCCCGUCAAGGGACAGCAUGCAAGAUUCAAGAAGUAUGUGGGGCACAGUGCACACGUCGCCAACGUGAGGUGGCUGCACAAUGACUCUGUGCUGCUCACAGUGGGCGGCGCUGACACAGCCCUGAUGAUCUGGACCAGGGAGUUUGUGGGGACCCAGGAGAGCAAGCUGGUGGACAGCGAGGAGUCGGACACCGACGUGGAAGAGGAUGGAGGCUAUGACAGCGAUGUUGCUCGAGAAAAGGCCAUUGACUACACCACCAAGAUCUAUGCUGUGAGCAUCAGGGAAAUGGAAGGCACCAAGCCACACCAGCAGCUGAAGGAAGUUUCCGUGGAAGAAAGGCAGGGAAUUGUCAAGGGAUCAAGGCCACCCGUUAGCCGAGCAGCUCCCCAGCCUGAGAAACUGCAGAAGAACAAUAUCACCAAAAAAAAGAAACUGGUGGAGGAGCUGGCUCUAGACCAUGUGUUUGGCUACAGAGGAUUCGACUGUCGAAAUAACCUGCAUUACCUUAAUGAUGGCACCGACAUCAUCUUCCACACGGCGGCGGCUGGCAUCGUUCAGAACCUCUCCACAGGGAGCCAGAGCUUCUAUUUGGAGCAUACGGAUGACAUCCUCUGUCUCACAGUGAACCAGCACCCCAAGUACAGAAACGUGGUGGCCACCAGCCAAAUAGGGACAACACCUUCCAUCCAUGUAUGGGACGCCAUGACCAAACACACCCUCUCCAUGCUGCGGUGCUUCCACUCCAAGGGGGUGAAUUACGUCAACUUCAGUGCAACCGGAAAGCUCCUGGUGUCGGUGGGAGUGGACCCUGAGCACACCAUCACUGUCUGGCGAUGGCAGGAAGGUGCCAAGGUUGCCAGCCGAGGGGGUCACCUGGAGCGCAUAUUCGUGGUGGAAUUUCGCCCUGACUCAGACACACAGUUUGUAUCUGUCGGGGUCAAACAUAUGAAGUUCUGGACCCUGGCAGGCAGCGCCUUGCUUUACAAAAAAGGAGUCAUCGGGUCCCUGGGAGCUGCCAAAAUGCAAACGAUGCUCUCCGUGGCCUUCGGUGCUAACAACCUCACUUUCACGGGUGCCAUCAAUGGAGACGUCUACGUGUGGAAGGACCACUUCCUCAUCCGGCUGGUGGCCAAGGCUCACACAGGCCCCGUGUUCACAAUGUACACAACCCUUCGGGAUGGACUCAUAGUGACCGGCGGAAAAGAGCGGCCGACCAAAGAAGGAGGUGCUGUAAAAUUGUGGGACCAGGAGAUGAAGCGCUGCCGGGCCUUUCAGCUGGAGACGGGGCAGCUGGUGGAGUGUGUGCGCUCUGUGUGCCGUGGAAAAGGAAAAAUCUUAGUGGGAACCAAAGACGGAGAAAUAAUUGAAGUUGGUGAAAAAAAUGCUGCUUCUAAUAUCCUGAUUGAUGGUCACAUGGAAGGGGAGAUUUGGGGCCUGGCCACUCACCCUUCCAAGGACCUGUUCAUCUCUGCCAGCAACGACGGCACAGCCCGGAUCUGGGACCUGGCUGACAAGAAGCUGUUAAACAAGGUGAGCCUGGGCCACGCAGCCAGGUGUGCGGCCUACAGCCCUGACGGGGAGAUGGUGGCCAUUGGCAUGAAGAAUGGAGAGUUUGUCAUCUUGUUGGUGAACAGCCUGAAAGUUUGGGGGAAAAAAAGAGACCGGAAAUCUGCUAUCCAAGAUAUCAGAAUCAGCCCAGACAACCGAUUCUUAGCCGUUGGUUCUUCUGAACACACAGUCGACUUCUAUGACCUCACUCAGGGCACAAAUCUGAACCGCAUUGGCUACUGCAAAGAUAUUCCAAGCUUUGUCAUUCAGAUGGAUUUUUCUGCAGAUGGCAAAUACAUUCAGGUGUCAACAGGUGCCUAUAAGCGCCAGGUGCAUGAGGUCCCCCUGGGGAAGCAGGUAACUGAAGCCAUGGUCAUUGAGAAGAUCACCUGGGCCUCCUGGACAAGUGUCCUGGGAGAUGAAGUCAUUGGAAUCUGGCCACGAAAUGCAGACAAAGCUGAUGUCAACUGCGCAUGUGUGACCCACGCUGGCCUGAACAUUGUCACAGGAGAUGACUUUGGGCUGGUGAAGCUCUUUGAUUUUCCGUGCACAGAGAAAUUUGCCAAACAUAAGCGAUACUUUGGUCACUCGGCUCACGUGACAAACAUCCGUUUCUCUUAUGACGACAAGUAUGUGGUCAGCACUGGAGGAGACGACUGCAGUGUAUUUGUGUGGCGAUGUCUGUAAAUGCCAGAAGCCUCUUCUUGCUGCUGCUGCUACCAGCCAGCAACUGCAGAGGCCACGCUGAGGUGCCUCCUUGCCACCAGUCGUUGGGAAAUGCCUACCAUGCUGCCCCGGACGCACAAGCUCAAAAUGCUGCGGAAGUUACACAGCUGCUCCCAUAAUCUGGACUCUCCAAAACUGUGAUGCCACGAAGGAAGGUCAAGUUGUAAAAUGUUAAGACUGCUUGCCUCUGUUCCUGAGACUAAACACUAUACAUACUGACUACACUGACAAAGAACUCCUAUCUGAGAAUGUAGCCCGCUGACAAAUUUUGAAGCCUCGGUUACCCUAAACCAAUAUGUAGCUUUUAAUUUGCAUCAAAACUUUUACAAAGAUGUUUUGCUAUUGUUUCUAUAUACUUCAAGAAUGUUCAUUUUUACAAAUAAGUUGAACAAGACAGCCUAAGUUAGAUGCACCGAAGUACUAGAAGUAUCGCUAGCCUCUGUUCUCCAAUUUAGCUUUCAAAACCAAAUGAGCCAUGUAUAAAGGAGUUGAGAAACUUAAUUUUUUAAUGUUUCAUUUGCAGAGUUUUAUAUCCAUUAAGUGCCUUUGAAAGUUUCCAGUUGUGUGGGCUGCUGUCUCACCUCCCACCAAUUUCUCCUUUUUCCAUAUGGUGCUAAAACUUCAAAGCUGAGGAGGGCUGCAGGACCCUUAGCAGAUUCUGCAUGUCACCCUUGUCCUGUGUUCAUGCCAAGGCUUCCUAAAUGAAAGACAUCAGUUACCUGCUUAUGGGAAGGUGAGCAGCAAAGGAAUUGAAGUUCGGGACGGGGUAGAAUCAUGGGUUUUCAUUGUGUUUCGUGCCAAACCCACAAAAUCCAAAAUAGAAUUCAAAUUAAACAAAGUUCUACUAUAAAAUGGAAGGGAAAAAAGGCUCUGGAAGGUCCAGGAGAAUGAGCUGACUUAUCUUGUUAAAUCUUAAGAUAAAUGGGGUAACCCAAGGCUGCACCUUAUUGUACCACCCUGAGUGGAGUUGAGGUGACUCCACUGAUUGCUUCAGAUGAACUAUGUAGGUGAAGUCCAGAUUCUAAAAAAAUUACCUGCAGAACAAAUUGUAAACCCAAGGAAUAGCUGGUAAAUCAAAAUUAUAAAGUGAGUUAGAGUUCCUUGGAGUUGGUUGUAUGACAGAAUAUGACUUGGACAAUCUUUACCAGAAGCCAUCCGUACGCCCCCUCAGUCACACUUUCCAUGUAGCUGACCAGUGACUACAGGAUGUGGCUGACAGUGCUCACUGAAAGGAGAGCUGGUGAGGGAUUGGUUGUUCUGAGCACAUAGACGCCUAUUAGUCCUUCCGUUCAGUGAACACAAAUUCGAGAUCUACAUUUACUGGCUACUUGCAUUUGUCAGUUUAGAGAAAAGGUAAAAUGAAGCAUUUUCAAUUAAAGAAUAGACUAACAAACAUUUACCACAGAAGUGCUUCAGCAUUCUAAAUGGAUUAGAUCACUCAUUAAGCUAUUUUUAUAUGCCAAUUUACUAAUGCCUUACAUCAAUUGAAUAGGUUGUUGGGCCCACAGUAGAGUCCCUAUGCAGUCCCAAUUCUGUUUUCUGUAACCAUGUGACUGGUGAUGCUGAGUGAUAACCAUGUCUGCCUAUAUUGUACUAGACUCUUCAUGCUGAUCGGAUCUUGCAUUGAAAUAACCACGUGGAAGAACAAUAAAUCGAUUAGUUAUGAAAUGUACAACCAUACUUAAAGAGCAAUAGUGUCCGUGUGUCAUGAAAAACUUAUUUGUAAACGUUUAUAUGGUAUGAUUUUAUGUAUGUUCAUAAAUCCUGCACUGUAUGAUAUACGUUAAAAUAUCGGUGCAUGAAUUUAUUUUCAAAAAGUAUAAAACACAUCACUUAAACAUUUUAUGUGUCAAAUAAAUUUGAUUAUGUAAACACA